AGACCCUUCCAGAGGCCCGCUGCGGCGGGCCGGGCGCGCCCGCCCCGCCGCCGUCCCCCCCCCGGGGGACCCUCUGCUCGCCCGGCGAUGGCGGCGCACUCCGUGCUUGCCCGGGCUGGGCGGCAGCGGCGGCGGCUCGUGGCGCCGCGGGGCGCCGCGCCCGCGGCGAUCGCCCUGGGCCUCGCGGGCCUCUCCGCGGGCUUCUCCGCGCUGCCUCUGCGGGCGCUGCGGCCCGCGGGCGCUGGGACUCCGAGGCAUCCGCGAAGCCCUCGCUGCAGGGUCGCGGCGCGCGUCAGCCACAGGGUGACGCUGGAGAUGCCUGGGGGCAAGGUGGUCGAGUUCGACUGCCCGGAGACGAGCACGAUCCUCGGUGAGGCAGAAGAGCUGGGCUACGAGCUCCCGUACUCCUGCCUCACCGGCCAGUGCUCGGUGUGCACUGGAAGGGUCCUCGACGGCGGCGAGGUCGACCAGUCUAAGCAGACGUUCUUGACGGAAGAGCAGGUUGAGGACAGCUACGUCCUGACGUGUGUCUGCUACCCCAGGUCCGACGUCAGGCUCCAGACUCACUGCGACAGCGACGUGGCCGCCUUCAAGGCCUUCGAGGGUGGCUGGUGCCUCGUCGUGGCCCAGAGGCAGCUGCGCACCGCUUCGUGCCUUCGCGUCGCCGCUGACAGCAACCGCGCGUGCCUCAUAGACACCUGCGGCCGCUGUAGAGAGGUCCGCUGGGGCCUGGCUCGGUCGCUCCGAUUUCUGCCCCCCGUGGGUAUAGUGGCGCUUUCGUUCUGA